GGCAUGAAUAUCCCUAUUGAAUUAAAAUGAGCCAUCUUCAAGACACUGCACUUCUGGCAGAGUUAUCAAAGGACUCCACCAGCCCUUCCAGCCUCCAAGAGCCCUUCCUCAUAGAACAGCUGCCCCGAGAGAUGCAGUGCCAAUUCAUCCUGAAGCCUAGCCGCCUGGCUGAGACCCAGCAACUAAGUGAUUCGGGUCAGAAGACAUCUAAAAAGAGAAGAUCUAUCAUAAACUGGGCCUUUUGUCAGGGUUCUUGCACUCAUCAAGAUAACUCGCCUCUGUCACCAACAUCUCCUAUGCCAGGACAGCUCAUUGUAGUGUCCUUGCAAAGCCUUUGUGAGAAUGACAAUCUGCCCAAACCUGUUUCAGAUAUGCUUUGCUUUCUUAAUCAAAACGGACCCCUCACAAAAGGCAUUUUCAGACUAUCGGCCAAUGUAAAAUCUUGCAGAGAGCUGAAAGAGAAACUGAAUUCUGGAUCUGAAGUACACCUAGACUGUGAAUCUGUCUUUGUGAUAGCAUCUGUCUUAAAGCAGUUAGAUCAGCUCCCAAGAGCCAACGUUGUUCUCCUAAGGUACCUUUUUGGAGUACUAUGCAACACUGAGCAACAGUCCUCAUCCAAUCAGAUGACUGCAUUUAAUUUAGCGGUGUGUAUCACUCCAGGCAUUCUCUGGCCUCCUAUCUCAUCCAGCCCAGAAUUAGAAAGCGAAUUUACAAUAAAGGUAAUAAAGCUUUUUAUUUUUAUGCCCCGGGAGAUUGAAUCCCCAUUUNNNGAGGUUUCAGUGAGAUGUGACACUAAAGAGAAUGCCUCAGAUAUCCCUUACAUCUGAAUGAAUGACUCCUCCUAUGACAGCUUAGAAAAUGAGCUGAAUGAGGAUGUUGAAGCUCCAUGCAGUGAUGUGAUAAAGAAACUUCGUCAGGGAGGCAGAAGCAUGGACUCCGUGUUAACUCUUCGUGACUAUUACCUUGACCAGCCUGAGGUAGAAGGUCUUUUAACCCUGAGCUACUUUAACUUAGACCAUACUAAAGAUGAAGACUUUCUAAUGAAACAGCCACUUGAAUCCAAGCUAGUGAUUGCUUCAAUACUGUACAGAAGCCAACUACAGGACCAUGCAAGGCCCUCAACUAGCAUGAACACAUUCUGCUGCCUGUCCACAGCUGCAGCGGAUGCUCCAAAAAGCCCCAAGUGGAUCUGGUACUUCUUGGAGCCCAGCACCAACUAUGAAGUUUCAAAGCUUUCCUCUCUCAGAGAGUUUUACUGGGAAAAAAAACUCAAGUCCAGCUAUGAUCCAAUUCUCUCACAAGAAGAUGACUAUCUGAAGCAGAAUCAACCCCUACAGAAAGAGAGUAAGACAUGUUUGAGACAGAAUUUAGGCAUAGGCACUGAUAUCAAGAAAAAUGCCACUAAUAAAAUAGUUAAGAAGGAAAGCUCGUCAGGUAAUGAAGGAAAUCACAUGAAACUUUUUUCUAAAUCCAAGCCAGUGGCCAUUUCUGUGGCAUCUUACAGUCAUGUAUCCUCAUGUGAUCAUCCCCAAAACAUGCCCUUUGAUACAGGUACAUCUGGAUACUCCCUGGCACACACAACAGGUACCCUCAAGAGUUCAAAGAGACACCGGCGCUGCUCGGAGACCAGCAGUCAUGACCAGCACUGCAAACUGAGCCAUCUCGGGGGUAUUUAUUCAAAGAAACAACAUAAAACCAGCUAUGAAGCUGCACUUGGAGAAGAUGACUAUCUCAAACGGCACAAGUCUUUGCAAAUGGAGGGACAAAAGCUCAUUAAUCAGAGUUUGGUCAUGGGCAUCGAGGAGGGCAAGAGUAAUGCCAUAAACCAAAACACUGAGAAGUUUUUACACUCAAGCUUAAACACUUGCCCAAGCACUAGCUCUUCCAGUUUGUCCUCCCCAGGCACUUCCCCAUCUGGCUCAUUGGUGAGCUCCCAAGACAAUGCUUUUUCCCAGAUUUCUGAACACUUCGUUUUUACACCCACUGAUACUUCCUCAUCAAUCGAUUGCACUUUUCAGGCUCAGAGAAAACAGGAAGAACUUUCUUCUGACCUUUGCAGUUCUGGUCUCAUUUCUGGAAUGCCUGCUCCCUCAUCUGGGCAAGCCAGCAGUCAACUGGCUCACACAAAUAAAAUAGAGUGUCACUCACAUUCUGUAACUCUUCACCCCAUCACAUGGUUGAGAAAUGGCAUGGCCAGUCUAAAGAACUGGUCCCUCAGAUAGAAACCAAGUGCAUACGGACCAGAGGAAAAGAAAAUAGGUUCUCUACAAAGACCCACAGAGCAGUCUCCACAUUCUUCUGGUGUUCCAGAAACCAAGUCACUGCAAGAGAAACAGGAAGAUAUGCCCGUAAGGGCAGCUGAAGAACUUGAAGCUGUGCAAGAAGCUCAGUGCAGUAGCUCUUAUCCCAGCCAGGUCUCAGAGAAACACUUUAGCUCUGCACUCAACCUAGUGGAAGACAGUCUCAAGCUUUGUAUGCAGUCACACGGAGAGUCAUGGGAACCUGCCCUUAGACUGAGUAAUGUGUCCAGCUCAGACUCAAGGCCUAUGGUAGUUUGUGAUGUUGGGGACAAACAUUCAACCAAAGACAUUUAACCACAAUAAGAAUCCAAUGUCUAUAAGAACA